CCAGGGAGGUUCCUCAGGUUCACAGGGAGAACCAGACAAUUUAUCCAGCCCUUGCCAUGCAUCCCUCCAGCUCCUGCCAGCCCCAGGCCAGGUCCUUUCUUCCAGCCAUCGAGCUCUUUGUGAAGGCCGGCAGUGAUGGGGAAAGUAUUGGGAACUGCCCGUUCUCUCAGCGCCUCUUUAUGAUCCUGUGGCUCAAAGGUGUCAUUUUUAAUGUCACAACCGUGGAUCUGAAAAGAAAACCUGCAGACCUGCAGAACCUGGCCCCGGGCACCAACCCCCCGUUCAUGACCUUUGAUGGGGAGGUGAAGACCGAUGUCAACAAGAUCGAGGAGUUCCUGGAGGAGAAGCUGGCGCCGCCCCGGUAUCCCAAACUUGCACCGAAGCACCCCGAGUCGAACUCUGCAGGAAAUGACGUCUUUGCAAAAUUCUCUGCAUUUAUAAAGAACCCGAGAAAAGAUGCAAAUGAAAAUCUGGAAAAAUCUUUGCUUAAAGCCCUGAAGAAGCUGGACAACUAUUUAAAUAGCCCCUUGCCUGAUGAAAUCGAUGCUUACAGCACGGAGGAGAUCACUGCUUCCAGCCGGAAAUUCCUGGAUGGAGAUGAGCUCACUUUAGCAGAUUGCAACCUCCUACCAAAGCUCCACAUUAUCAAGGUCGUUGCAAAAAAAUACCGAAAUUUUCACUUCCCACCUGAAAUGACAGGGAUUUCCAGAUACUUGAAAAAUGCAUAUGCAAGAGAUGAAUUCACAAACACGUGCCCUGCUGACCAGGAGAUUGAAUACGCUUAUUUGGAUGUGGCAAAGAGAAUGAAGUGACCUGAAGAUGCCUCUG